AUGGAUUCAUCGGAAUCAUCUCCAGCUCCGCCGUCGUCCGAGGAGUUGACCGCAAGAGGCAACACAUCUUUUCUCCUCCCCUGGAUACUCACCGCCACCGCCACCGCCACCGCCACAAACUCCAGCCGCGAAAUCAUGGUGUUCGUGAACGAAAGUACUGAAUCAGUAACCAUCGUGGAAGGCUCCGGCGAUGUCGAAUCGAUUCUCGGAGAAAUCCCAGAAAAGGGAGGGUUUACACCCGCUUCAAAAGCUUCGAUAGAAUCCCUACCCGUGGUCCGAAUUACAGAACCGGGUUUGGAGUGCCCGAUUUGUUUAUCGGAAUUUGAAGUCAACGCGGAAAUCAAACAAAUGCCUUGCAGCCAUAAAUUCCAUUCGGACUGUAUCAACAAGUGGUUGGGGAUCCAAGGGUCGUGCCCGUUUUGUCGGUACAAGAUGCCGGAGGAGGAGAAAAAGGAAGAAACUAACAGUGACGAUGAAACGAGAAGGGUAGGUGAAUUGAGGAUCCUUAUGUUCUUAACGGGCAGACGGGGCUCCAAUAGAAGGAACCAGGAAUCCGGACAUGACAAUUCGAGUUCAGAUAAUAGGAGCGUUUCUGGUUCAGAUGGCAAUGACGGUUUGUCUGAUCAAGACAUGUAG